GUGAGCGUGUUUGGUGCUUUCACCGCCCCGGGGUUGGGAAGCAAACAAACGGCUGCAUAAAGAGGCUCGCAAUUUUGUCUCUUUGACUCUCCACGGACAUCUUCCAUUGACUUUCACUGUGCUCUAAAUCGAAAUUCCGGGCAGUUGACGUUUCCUACUCCACUCUUCUCACGCCAUGUCUCUCGAACCAGCUCAGAUGGCUGGGCCCGACCACUCCGCCGCCACCCACAAGACCACAUUCGCCCUGGUUUGUAUGGCCAUUACUCUCGCACUCCUAGCCUUUCGGAUACACGCUGCAUACUCGACACUGCGCGAGCACCACGCCGCUAUUCAGACGCUGCAAGCUGAGAUUCUCAAGGCCCGCGAGACCGAGGGGGACCGCGUUGCAAUCCUGCUCCACAUGUCCGAGAUUCAUGUUCUAAUGGGGGCCGAGAGGAAGGCCUUCAUGGCAGAGACGAGAGCGCGGUUUGAGAGUUUGGCGAACAAGACGGAGAGCAUCGCUGCUCUGUACGAUCGUGCUGUUCAGCAUGAGUUGCAACGAAGGCCUCUUGCGGGGCAGGGAGUGGUAGCAGAUAGGGAAGGGGUGUGGGCAUGA